AUGGCGGACCCCGUAAGAAACAUCAUCAUUAAGCUUGGAAGCAAGGUACAUCUUCCGGCGGCAGCCCUCAAACACAUUCAGACGCUUCUACAGUUGGCUAUGAAGAAGAAGCUCAAGCUUGAUCCUCUGCUUCGCGACGAGAUUCUGGUGACUGUUAUGACCAACUAUCCAGAAUUUUAUGCUGAAUGGUCGGCAGAUGAUGUAACUGAACUUCUUGUAUUGGUCGCCGAAGCCAGUGAUGACGUCUCUCCAGUGUUUAUUCCAAAACCCUUCGAUGGAAAUUGGGCAGGGGCAUUCCUUCAAUUUUUUGCUCAACGUGCCCUACAAUCUGUUGAAGAAGCUCGACGUCGAGAGGAGUCCCAAGCUCUGUAUCUUGAAGCUGCUCAGAGAGAAGCAACACACAGACAGGAGAUUCUUCGACAACGGGUAAAUGAUUCUGAAACUCCUAUUGAAAUUUCUCCUGAUAGACCUGUUGAUUCUUCUAUUCCAUCGUCUGUGUCUGUUUUGCCUGAAAAUCUAUCUGCUUUGGGUUCCGAGAAGUCCCCUGUGAAUGGCAAUCUUCUAUCUUUGCCUGUGACUAAUGUUGAUGAUGAAAAAUCUGAUGCGUUGCGUGUGUCUGAUGAGAAAACAAAGUCUUCUGAUGAGCCAAAUCCACUAAGUCUGGUUGUUUACGCUUCUAAGAAUAUUGCUCUGCCUCCGUCUGAAACUGAUAAUGUCUCUAAAGAGUCUUGUCCUACUGUUGAUCCUCCUGCCUUACCUACAACUGUUAAACCUGUUGAUUUAUCAAGUCCCCACAAGUCUGAAAAAACAGGUGGCGUUCCUGUUUACACUGCAACAUCUUUAGGAGAAAGCCUGGAACAUGUGCGACAUUUUGCUGGAUUACCAUCUGCUUCAAUCCCUCAACCUUAUCGAGUGAUACACCCUUCCGAAUCCUCCAGUGAAGAUGAUAAGAUACUGGCUGAGAUAUCAAAUAUUGUUGGGAGCUCAUCUGCAAAUGUUUUUGAGUCUAGCCACUCGGUCACUCCUGUUCAGUCCCCAUCCAGAGAAACAAGACGGACAAAAAGGAAGAAUGUUCCAACAAAGGUUGUUGUUGAAACCAGUGCUGAUAAUGUAGAUGUGGAUCAGCCUGUGAAAAAGAGAAAGUCGAGUGAGAUUGCUAAGCCUGAAGGAGACCCACCUAUCCACCAAGUUUUCAAGACUCUACGUUCCUCUGUUAAGCAACAAGGAACUACUGCUGCUCAAGCUACUUCUGCACCAGCCCCCUCUGCUAGAAAAGGGAAACCUACUACAAGGUCAAGAGGUCGAAGUGUAACUCCGGAGGUUCCACCUAUUGAAGGAAUUGAUUCUACUGUUUACAAACCUCAGUUUGUAUCAACUGCUGCACAAACAAAAUGGGCCACUAUGGUCAGAAGGGAGCUGAUUGUUCAAAGAACUGUGGAUAAGAAUCAACUGAACUCCGUUUGUGAUAUUCUGCCCUUGCUGAAUGAAGUUGGUCUUUUGAAAACUGUUACAGAUGUUUUCCCUUACUCCAAGCUGCUCACAUAUGAGUUCUAUUGCAAUCUCAGUGAUGAGAUUGACAGUCUCAUAGGGCCACGACCGAUGCAAAUCCUCAUCAGAGGGAAGUGGUAUGAUUUUGGGCCAGAUGUAAUAAAUAAAUACUAUGGCUUGCCUACAGUGCAAGAAGAAGCUGUUACUGAAUGGGACGUGGUGGCCAAAACUCUUACCGGUGGACAUACUACAUCCUGGCCUACAGGAGAUAAGGACUAUUUGCUGAGCUCGCAUCUCACGUCUAGAUAUGUCAUCCUACAUCGCCUGGCUCUGCACAACUGGCUUCCAUCAGCUCAUUUCAACACAGUUGGCAAGCUUCUGGCAGGGUUCCUAUUUAGAAUUGGAACUAAGAUGCAGUGUGAUCUGGGCAAAUGGAUUUUUUAUCAUGUUCUAACUCUGAUUCAUCCCCGGGAACAGAAGGUAAGACUACCGUUUCCAAAUCUGAUUUUUGGCAUCCUUACCUCUCAGGGUCUUAAGGCUAUGCCCAGCGAAGUGAUCAGUCCGACGCUGCUGUAUACUGUUGAUAAACAUCUUCUCUCUGGAGAUCAUAUUAAGGAUGUUGUUCCUGUGACUGCCCCAUCCAAUUCGGAACCUGAUGCUGUGAAUGAUGAGUCUCCUCAUGCUAAAGAUGAGAAGCUUUCCGAACAAUUGAAGGCACGAGUUGCUGAUCUUGAGACGGUGCACGGCAUCAUUGCCAAGCAACUGACUGGUGCGCGCACUGAGCUAGCUACUGUUCUUCUCCGCAUGAGCUUGUCUGAUACUGCUGCUGCUGCUGAGGAUCCUGUGAAGUCUGACUGUGGCUCUCCCUCAAAUGCUUAA